AUGGCUCAAGAACCAGACAUCGAUCCGAAUCGGUGGUAUUCAAUGUACAUAGAUAGCCACACACAAGCGAUGGUGGGAACAGUCCUCUACAACGGAGACGGAUCAAGGGGCGCGGUAUUCAUCAAGACCAGGAACGAUACAGAGACCGAGCAGCGAUGGCAACUACUCAAACUCAACUCAACCGCCUGGACGCUGCGUUCACAGGGGUCUGGUCCAAACAGCUAUUUGUCCGCGAAAUAUUCCGACGACGAGCAGCAAGCUGGCAAAUCCUUCGCGUAUAUGGCUCGGGGCGACAUUGCUGACGCGAGUGCGUACUGGACUAUAACUUCGUGGGGCGACGAUACGUGGUAUCUGACCAGUCUGGCAAACAAAACCGAUUAUCAUCUCACCCUGACACCAAACGCGGGCCAUAUUGUGAUGAGUUCGAAUAUCACAGCGCCACAGAAAGGGCAGAAAUGGAAGUUCUUAGGCAUUACGGCCAUCGACGAUGAGCGGUAUUCAAGCGUCAAUUUGGUUGGCGCUGUGAUUGGUACUUCAACUGCUAUCUUAGGUUCAACAAGAUCUUCUACACCCUCAGCCACGGCCAGCGCAACAUCUUCAGCGGACGUGAACGCGAACACCUCUUCAGGAAUUUCUACUGCCGCCAAAGCAGGUAUUGGAGCGGGAGUCGGCGGUGCUGCGCUCAUAGCACUCAUCGUACUCGGCCUCUUCCUUUGGCGAAAGCGUAAGAGAGGACAGUAUACAAACCCACCACAAGAGUUACCCCAUGAGGGCAUGGCCCAUGUUCAGUCUACGCCACUGGACAAGUAUGAGUUGAAUCACGACGCCGCGGCUACGUACGAGAUGCCAUGCAGUAACGCUGUUUCAGAGGCACCGAUGAAUGAGCGUCCUGCCGAGCUACCUGGUCAUGCGGUGCAGAGAUGA